AUGGAAGUUGUUAGUGAUAAUAACUUUGAUUCUAAUGUGAAUACUAAUUUUGCUGUAGAAGUUGAUAAUAUUAAUAAUGAUGAAGAAAUACAACAAGAAAUCGCAAAUACUAUAAUAAAUCAUGCACAAACUUAUUCUAUGGAUAAAGAAGAAGAAGCAACAAAACAAAUAAAUUUUAUAAAACCUCAUGGAUCAUAUAAAAAUGAAUAUGGAGGAGUUUGGACUAAACAUUAUAUCUGCUCGCGUAGUGGUACAAAGCAAGUACGCAAUGAUCGUGUACAAGGAGGAAACUCACAAAAAAAGCGUCAAGUUCAGAAAGAAUCAAAAAAGUUGGUUGUCGAUUAUAACCACAAUGGGCAUACACCUGGAAGUCGUGCAGAUGUUCAACAUUUAAGAAAGUCAGAAGAAACUAUUACAGAAAUUAAAAAGUUUGCUCGACAAGGUCUAUCACUUUCAGCAAUUCGACAAUUAAUGAAAGCACCAGAGGAAAUAACAGAAAGAUACUUUACCUCGAAAGAUGUUGUUCCAAAUAGAGAUGAGUUGCUCACAUACGAAGAUAUUUACAAUGUUAUAUACAAGGAAAUUCAUUCAAAGUAUCAUCAUAAUAAUAAUGAUGCAAUAAGCGUACUGCAUUGGGCCAAUAUUUUACGAAAUAAUAGAGAGAAUAUGAAUAAUUUAAACGAUCCGAUACUUUCAUGUUUUCAAAUGCAUAGUGAAAACCAGAAGUUUCUGCUUGGGUUUCACACACCCUGGCAAUAUAAAAUGUAUCAAAAAUAUCAUGAGCUUGUCCAUAUCGACUCUACUCAUAAUACAAACUCAAGCAAAUAUUUUCUCUUUACAAUCUUGAUUCGUCAUCCGCAUAGUGGACAUGGAGUACCUUUGGCUUGGUUGAUUUUAGAAUCUUGCGACAGUCAAACAAUUGAAAUAUGGUUUCGUAUGUUGAAGAAUGAUGGAUGGGCAGAACCAACAGCUGUAAUGUUAGAUAAUGACAAUGCAGAGAUAAAUGCUAUUCACAAUGUAUUUCCCCAUUCAAAGAUCUUUUUAUGCUGGUGGCAUUUAAAACGUGCUUGGUGCCGGUGA